UGCUGAUCCAUGCAGCUCAUACAACAAAGGACAGAAUCCAUCUGGAUUGCUGUUGGAUGCUUCAGAUGUUAGAGUUCAUGUACUGUUUGUGACAAAUCCAAAAAUGCCUUAGCUAUAAUAAGAAAAACACAUUUCACAAGCAAUUAAGCGUCCGUAUCUCUUAGAAAACCUGACUGUAACGAUUACUUAUUCACAAACAUUUACACAAAUUACAAAUCUAAUACAUUCAUCUGUCGUACUGUGCACAUUAUGCAGAGUUUUUCUAAUUGGCCCCGUGAGGCUGUAGUCGACGCACAUUUUGUCAGCUGGGGACAGCAGCUGUCAAUCAAACUGCAUCUUUAUAACCAGCUGCAGAAGCUGCAUCAUUGUGUCUCAGGAUAAACCCGGGGACAGACAAGAGCUCCACUGUGAUUAUUGAUCGUCAAUCGAUGCCUUCUCUGAUGCUAAUACUCCAACAGGUUUAGAUUUAGAGUGAGAGUGUUGCUAGAUAUAUUAAUUCUCUCUUUCGAGCACUUCAGUCUUUGGAAAUCUUCGACCCAGAACCUCUUUUCUUCUUCCCCUGGCUGCCUUUUACUUUUCUCAUCUUUUCUUCUCGCAUCAGCUUGCCAUCCUUUUGGAAAAGAUGGAUACGUUGAGUGGGAACAACGCCACAGUGGCGAACAGCUCCAUAGACAAGUGGCCAUUCAACGAACGUGGCUCAUACCAACACCUGGACCCCAGAGAGCUUAGGGUCCUGGUACCAGCUAUUCUGGGAGUCAUCUGUGUCUUGGGUGUGGCUUGUAAUCUCACUGCAAUGGUCAUCUUGUUCUCCAACGCUCAUAGAGGCAAACUGUCUCUCAUCAACUCCCUAAUCUUCAACCUGAUGUUUGCAGACGGGCUGGUGCUGUUGUUCACGGUGCCAUUCAGGGCUGCCGCCUACUCCAAAGCUAGCUGGAAUCUGGGCUGGGUGGUCUGCAAGACGGCCGACUGGUUCCUCCAGUCCUGCAUGGCAGCAAAGAGCUUCACAGUGGCUGUCAUGGCUAAAGCGUGCUACCGCUAUGUGUCCAACCCCACCAAGCAGGUGAGCAUCCACCUGGGCUCCAUCCUGGUGGUGUUCUUCUUUAUCUGGCUGUCUGCCUGCUCUGUCACCAUCCCUCACUGGCUGUUUGCCACGCUGCAGAGAGAGAUCCGCGGGUUGGUGUGUGUGCUGGUUGUUCCUCCUGAAGCCCGGGACUUCAUGGCUGUGUACGUCAAAGCAUACCCCCUGGGGGUCUACUGUGCACCUCUUAGCUUUGCCCUCAUAUAUUUUUGGAGGGCUUAUGGCCAGUGCCAGCGUCGCUCCAGUAAAACACAGAACCUACGCACACAGAUCAGAUCCAGGAAGCUCACCUUGAUGCUGUUCAGCCUGACUGUGGCCAUGGCUAUUCUCUGGCUUCCACAGUGGGUGGUUUGGGUUUGGGAGCGUCAUGUAGCAGAGAAAGAAAUCGAAGGAGCUCAGCCUCUCGUCUCCUCUCUUCCCCCUCUUCUAACUCUCUCUGCUCAGCUGCUCACCUUCUCUCUGUCCCUGGUGAACCCUCUCAUUGUCCUCUCUCUCUCCGAGGAGUUCAGAGAGGGCUACAGGGGGCUGUGGAGGCGCCUCACCCUGCGCAAGCAACCUCCCCCAAAGCCAAAACCGGGACCUCACAACCCUACAACUCUCCAGUCGCCUUGCCCCAGACCAGAGACUUCCGGCCAGCCUGGUGGGGAGAGGAGCCUUCGAUCCAACUCCGUCCAGGGUCCCAGCAGAGAGGCUCAGCCCCAGCCGGAGCACGGAGGAGACAGAGAAGUAGACAGGGCGAGCCUCAAAGAUGGGAUUGUCUUGCCUGAUGUGGAGCAGUUCUGGCACGAGAGGGAGGGUGGAUCACACACAGAGGAAAACGAUCCCGUGCCGUGGGAGCACCAGAACAAAGAGGGGGAAAAAUAACAACCACCAUCCAGCCGAUCUUCAAUACACUCGUAUUGAUCAUAAGAGACGUGGGUUGAAUGGACUCCUGAGUGCUGCACCGUAAAUCAUUUUGUUUUCUGUCAGCUGUGUUCAUGGUAUUAUUCAAAGGUAAGACGUGUAAUCAGUUUGGAACACGAGGGUGGACUAUAAAUAGAGCAGUAUCAUCUGUAUAUAUGAUAAACAUUAUACAUAAUGUUGUCUUUUUAUUGUUUUAAAAAGGGAAGAACUACAUCAUAAUGAGUGUAAGAUGACUUUCGGUGGCUGUAAAUUCAAGUUUGUGGCAAUGAUGACUAUGUAAAUUCAAUACACACUAUAGCUACAUAUAUUUUCAGUGUAGCGUGUGGUUAAUGAGCAUUGUAAAUUACAGUUUUCUUGAAGUAUCCAGACACAGUACUGCCCUUUGAUUAAAGUUUUAAAAGACUGCAAGACAUCCUCUGGUAAAAAUCUUAAUUGGAGAUAAAUGUUAACUCUUGUGCAAUCAUUGUGUAUUUGGACAUUGGUGAUGUUGAAGUAGGCAGUUUUGAGAGAGUCUGUGCUUCCUGUUGUUGUGAGAGAGAAUAUUUUGUAACUAUUGUGCAUCAAAAUGUGUUUACAAU